AUGACUGCCGCUGCCAUGAUUAGCCAGGUACCCGGACCCGUGUCCAAGGCCACCACGGACAAGCUCAACACGAUUUUCGACGCUCGUGCUGUGCACUUUGUCGUCGACUAUGACAAAAGCGAGGGAACCUAUAUUGUUGACGUCGACGGCAACAAAUACCUCGACGUCUACUCACAAAUUGCCUCUAUUCCUGUUGGCUACAACAAUCCCGCGCUUGCUGCUGCGGCCAAGUCCCCAGAGAUGAUUUCCGCCCUCAUCAACCGCCCCGCCAUCGGCAACUACCCUUCUGCGCAGUGGCACGACAUUCUCCAAAACGGCUUGCUACGUGCCGCCCCUCCCGGGCUGGACAAGAUCUUCACCGCGCAGUCGGGCUCCGAGGCCAACGAGCUCGCCUACAAGGCCGCCUUUAUGCUGUACCGUCGCAAGCAGCGUGCCGUCGCCGGCGACGCCGCCUGGACCCCCGAGGAGGUGUCGUCGUGCCUCGACAACGCCAAGCCCGGCUCGCCCGCGCUCGCCAUCCUCAGCUUUGCCAACUCGUUUCACGGCCGCGGCUUCGGCAGCCUGUCGACGACGCGCUCCAAGGCCGUGCACAAGCUCGACAUCCCUGCCUUUGACUGGCCGCAGGCGCCGUUCCCGCAGCUUCGGUACCCGCUCGCCGAGCACGCCGCGGCCAACGACGCCGAGGAGCGGCGCUGCCUGGACCGCGUCGAGGAGCUCAUCACGUCGUGGCACUGCCCCGUCGCGGGCCUAAUUGUCGAGCCCGUGCAGAGCGAGGGCGGCGAUAACCACGCGUCGCCGGCGUUUUUUCAGGGUCUGAGGGCGCUGACGCGCAAACACGGCGUGUGCCUGAUUGUCGAUGAGGUGCAGACGGGCUUUGGCGCGACGGGCAGGUUUUGGGGCCACGAGCACUGGCAGCUCGAUGCGCCGCCGGACAUGGUGACGUUUUCGAAAAAGGCGCAGACGGCGGGCUACUUUUUCGGGAACCCGAUGCUGGUGCCCGACAAGGCGUAUAGACAGUUCAACACCUGGAUUGGUGAUCCUGCUCGAGUUUUGCUGAGCAAGGCCGUCGUCGAGGAGAUUCUUGACAACAAGCUGGUUGAGCAGUGCGCGCGUGUUGGUGGCGUUUUGUACUCUGAGCUCGAGAAGCUGGCUUCGAAAUACCCAACUCAGAUUCAGAACCUACGCGGCAAAGGUAAAGGUACGUUUAUUGCUUUCGACGUCCAGGAUCCUGCUGGCUUCGUUGCGGCCAUGAAGAAGCGCGGCGUCAACAUUGGUACUUGCGGUGUUUCGACUGUUCGCCUUCGACCAAUGCUCAUCUUCGACGAGACUCACAUUCCUAUCCUCAUCAACACCAUAGAGGCUGUGGUUUCGGCCCUGUAG